ACGAUAAAUACAUCUACUUAAUUAUGGAAUACUGCAGCGGUGGUGACCUGUCACAUUUUAUUCGUCAAAGGAGAAGACUACCCGAAGUUAUUGUCUGUAGAUUUUUGCAACAAUUAGCUACUGCGUUAAAAGUUCUUCGUUCUAAUAACAUAACUCACAUGGACCUGAAACCUCAAAAUAUUCUCUUGUCCAAUAAUCAAGACCCAGUAUUGAAAUUGGCAGAUUUUGGAUUUGCUCAGUACCUAAAUCCUGAAGAUAGAGCUACAUCUCUGCGUGGUUCUCCCUUAUAUAUGGCUCCAGAAAUUUUGUUGAAACAUCACUAUGAUGCAAGAGUAGAUCUCUGGUCUGUUGGUAUAAUACUUUAUGAGUGUUUAUUUGGCCAAGCUCCUUUUUCCUCAGAUACGUUUUCUCAACUAGCGGAUAAAAUAAAGAGUACAAAGCCAAUUCAAAUUCCCUAUGGUGUAAAUAUCUCCGACAAUUGUCGACAUCUCAUUUUAUCUCUUCUGGAAAGAGAUCCAAAUAAAAGAAUAACUUUUGAAGAUUUUUUCAAUCAUCCAUUCAUUGACCUGAAGCAUAUGCCCUCUCCAGAAUCGUAUCAAAAAGGAGUAAAAUUAAUUCAAGAAGCUAUAUUGAAGGAUAGUUAUGGUGAUUAUAAUGAUGCUAUUCAAUUAUACUGUGAAGGACUACAGUAUUUAGUUCCUCUUGUUACUUCCGAAAAAGACCGGAGACAAAAAUUAAUUUUUCAACAAAAGGUAGAAGAAUAUAUGAAUAGGGCUGAAGAACUAAAGGAUAUGGUGAAGACAUCUUCUGAAAAGACUACAUCAAUAGAAAUGUCUGGAAAGUUAGCACAGAUCAUCUCCGAAAAUCCGGAUUUGGAAAAAUCUUUCAGGAAGGCCGAAGAAGCAGAGAAUUUGAAUUAUUUAGGAAUGCACGAAGAAUCUUCAAAACUGUACCGGGAAGCUCUGGAAGUGAUGGUUAGUUACGUCAAAGCUCUUCCCAAGGGAGAAAAGAAGUCGAUCUUGCUUCGGGAAGUCGACCGUUGGAUGGGAAAGGCAGAAGAGGCAAAAUCCAGUUCAAAGGGCCGAAGGCUACGGUCCAACGAGAUACUGGCCGCCAUGAGGUCCAACAUAAGUCCCACCGACACGCUAGGUCAGAACUGUUGCAUCCAGUGAAAUUUCUUUCCGGAGCCACGUCGGUAAAUUAUUGCAGAGUAAAGAAUCUUCGGACUCGACUAGCAUUUUGUUUAAUUUAUAAACAGAUUUUGUAAAUAUUGUAAAUAAAACAGGAAAUUUGUUUUUAAUAAAUUAUUUAUUAUUUGCA